AAAUCGAUUACGGUAGUCCUACAAAAGGCUAGUAAACUAAAGUUAUACCGACUAGUUACGCUUCUUAAUAUACUCGCGGAAAAAAAGGUAUCUCGGUCGAUUAUACUAUCUAGGGGAUUAUCGGCUAAGUACGACGAGUAUAGGGAUACCAGUAUUCCUUAUAGGGAGAAGCACCUAUAUACGGAUACUAAAAGGGGUAUCGGGGGCGUUAAUAUUAGUAAUACGCGUAAUCUACUAGGUAGUAGUGAUCCUAUAGAUACUCUUUAG